GGUCGAUAUAAAGCCCAUCCAUAAGUCGCAAGCAGUACAUUUAGUUUCAAAAGCUUAACAAGUCGAUUGUUGUCCAAGAAACCUUACCAACUCUUCAAUUUAUAUAAAAAUGAAACUCUUCUGUGUAUUUAUAUAUUUUUUCUUCGUGGAUGUUUUGGCAGAUGAUAAUGCGGUUUAUAUGGAUUAUGUUUACAAGAUAACUCAAACCUAUGACAUUAUUGCUCAUCAUAAGUAUGGUUUAACUGAUAACAGAGGUAGAACUGUAUCUGGAGCGAAUGAUUUGGAGCAUGUAAUUGAGACAAUGGUUUAUGAUAUCGAUGCUAAGGAUUGCUACAAGAAUAGUUUACGCAAACUUAUUUUUUUGAUUGCUGUACCAGAUAAAAUAGAAAUAGUCUUGGGAAUACCGGAAUUUCAAAAUGAUGACCCAGAGAAAAAAGCCAAUAAUUUGUUACUAGAAAUGAUAGAAUACAUAGAAAAAUUAUUAGGAUUUAGAUAUGAAGAAACUUAUAAUAGUGAUUUGGGAACAUUGAUAACAAUUGCUAACAGAGGAAGACAAUGUGUUGCUAUAGCUUUAAUACGUAUAAUCGAACGUCGUGUAUUAGGAGUUGUGCAGCAUGUAAAUGAUCCCUCUUUACCAGCGAAGUGUCGUUUCAUCGGAAUAUACUUAAGUGCCCAAACUCCAGAAUUAUACAUGAAAGCAGUUGAGGUUAACUUAACUGGCCUUACAUGUACCUUUACGGAUAAAAAUGAUGGCAAAAAGAGGUACGGUUAUAUUGAUGGCAAAUGGUCUCAAAUAAGCUUAGACCUAGGCCGACCACUAGAAUCACUCCAGGACCAGUUACGAAUUGGACGUCUAUAAGACCCACUUACAUUCUAACCUAGUGUUAAUUCAACACUGGUAUCUGUGUUCUGUUUAUUAUAUAUUAUAUUAUAAUUUAUCUUAUUGUAAUAAUUACUAUAUACAUUAUAAAACCUGAUUUUUUUAAAUAUUAUACAUAUCCCUAAGCUGACGGCAAGUGAACCGUCGGUGGAUUUUUUCAAUAACAUUUUCCACAUAAUACAUUUUUUUGUUAUUACAUAAUAUUGUAAUCUAUUUCUGUUUUUUGACAUGUCUACCAAUAUAAUAAACAAUUACCGAAUUAGUAAAAACAUACAAAUUUUUA